CCGCCGCGGGGAGGCGGGCGGGGAGGGCCGGGGGCGCCUCACAGGUGCGAACGGCGUCGGGGCGGGUCGCGGCUCGCUGAGGGAGCGGGGUCUGCGCUGUGCUCGGGAGGUGCCCCGGCCGCUGCCCGCCCUGCCAUGACCCGGUGGGCUCGCCGAACCGGCCCUCCCGGCGAAAAGGCGCUGGAUGCGACCCCCUGGGAGGAGAUGGUGAGCGGCCCCGAGGGGCGGGAGGGCCGCCCGGCCCCGCUCUCCCCGAGGACGGAGCCGGGGAAGGGCAAGAAGAAGAAGAACAAGAGGAAGAAGGAGUAUCCGAACGAAGACGUGAACGGGUUUGCGGCGUACCUGAAGCGGAGCUCGCGGGGCGGCGAGGCGGCCGAGGCAGACGGCGCCGAGCUGCAGCGGCAGGUAGCGGUGGCCUUGAAGAAGGACAGGCGGCGGGAGGGGAGGAGGCUGAAGAGGCAAGAAGUGAAGAAAAACGCCAUGGUGUGUUUCCACUGUAGAGAACCUGGCCAUGGUGUUGCUGAUUGUCCUGCCGUACUGGAAAGUCAAGAUAUGGGUACAGGAAUCUGUUACCGGUGUGGAUCCACAGAACAUGACAUCAGCAAAUGCAAAGCAAAAAUAGAUCCAGCAGUUGGGGCAUUUCCAUAUGCAAAAUGUUUCAUCUGUGGUGAGAUGGGGCAUCUGUCAAGGUCAUGUCCAGAUAAUCCCAAGGGAUUGUAUGCUGAAGGUGGCGGCUGCAGGCUUUGUGGCUCUGUGGAGCACUUCAGAAAAGACUGUCCAGAAAAACAGAAUGCAGAUCAGGUUACCGUUGGGCGAUGGGCCACUGGAAUGAGCGCAGAUUAUGAAGAAAUUACAGAAAUGCCAAAGCUGCAAAAAACAGAAGUGAAAGUACCCAAAGUUGUUACUUUUUGAAGGCCUCUUGGCUCUAAACCACAGUUAGCCUGCACUGCUUCACUCUGUAGUAGUGACUACACAGAGUGGAUUGCUGGUUCCAGAAAAUCAAGGAGACUGCUGCUGCUAAAUAAUUUUUUUUUUGUUCCCCCUCAUUUUUCCAGUUUGCCUCCCAAACUCACCGAGUUUACUGAAAAGUUGGGAACAAGAGAAAUACAGCAUGUGUAUCUUUUAUUUUUACAUAUCUCUGCUGAAAUACAGCAUUCCCUCCUCUGAAGAGGGAAAUCGGCUUCUUCUCAUAACAGGGAUCUGGUUGCAGUAACCAAACAGGGUAUGUGCAUUUUAUCAUGGGGGUUUAUGACCACUGGAUUUCAGUGGUCAGUAUUGUUACCUUAAAAGUGCUGCUUUUACUUAUCAGAGAUGAACAUGAUCAUGCUGAUAUUACUAAGAGUAUUUCUCUAUUUCUAUGAAAGGUAUUGUGGGUAUUUUCUAAAGAGUCUUUUUGGGUUCUGGUUUGGUUUUGCCUUCUCCUUUUAGAAAUAAUUGUUUUCUUGCUCUGUAUGUGCCAGCUUGAGCAGUCCUGUGGCCGAGUAACCAGGUAAACUCUGCAGCCUGUAGAGCUGGGGGGUGCAAUUCCCACAACUCAUGGUAGGUCAGGUAAAAUAUGUACAUGCAUUAAUGUGAUUGUUUAUGCAUGUUGGAUUGAAUAUUUGUUGCCUAAGAGAAUACUCCUGAAAAGAGUUGGAGAGCAAGUGAGCAGCUUGCUUAGUUUCUUUACUUUUUUCAAGGAAAGUGCUCAAAAAUCUUCAGUGUUUGUAUCCCUUGGUGAGUUGGGAAUAAACUGUGCUUUGUAUUACA